CUUCUCCGCGCGCUUAAUUCCGUGCUGCCAUUGAUUCCAAUCCCCGUCCAGACUGUCUCCAGCAGACGAAUUGUGCUUGCUGUUGGACGAUCCCCUCUUUUCUUCCCCUGCAACCUCCGAUCUUCCCCUCCAGCGGAUCCGCCCUUUUCCUUUCACUGCCCUCGGGCUCAUGCUUCGACCAUGGCUUCGGCAGUGCCCGCGAGCAACCCGCUCGCUCGCCUGCUCGCAAUGCCAUCUCCCCCGGCCGCAGUUCACCAGGCGUACCCUUAACCCCAGGUCCCUCUCGCAACCAAUUCGAACCCUUCAAACAACCGCCGCCGAGUCACCGGACCGCGUCCCUCUUCGAAAGCAGUUGAAGCAGGACGCCAAGGCCGUCAAGGCGCGCAAGCGACAGACACGAGAGAAUGAGGAGGCUUCCCGGCAGAAAUGGGAGUUGACAGUGGGCAUUGAGAUCCAUGCGCAGUUGAACACCGAGUCCAAGUUGUUUUCUCGAGCGCCGACGUCAUCUACGGAUCUACCCAACUCGAAUGUUGCCCUAUUCGACCUGGCUUUCCCAGGGACCCAACCGGAGUUCCAAAUCGCAACGCUCCUCCCCGCCCUCCGUGCCGCCCUUGCUUUAAAUUGUGACAUUCAACCAGUCAGCAGGUUCGACCGGAAACACUACUUCUACCAGGACCAGCCGGCUGGAUACCAGAUCACCCAAUACUAUGAGCCUUUUGCGAAGAAUGGCUAUGUGGAUUUGUUCGCCCACGACGGCAUUGCGCCCGAGGACGGCGACAUGGUCCGCAUCGGCAUCAAGCAGGUCCAGAUGGAACAGGAUACCGCCAAGUCCCAAGAAUACCCUCCCUCGACGCAACUCCUCGACUUCAACCGUGUCUCCCAUCCCCUCGUUGAGAUCAUCACCAUGCCGCAGAUCCACACGCCCGCCACCGCGGCGGCCUGUGUUCGAAAGAUCCAGUCCAUCCUGCAGGCGUGCAAUGCGGUGACAACCGGCAUGGAGCUGGGAGGUCUGCGGGCUGACGUCAACGUCUCCAUCCGCCAACGGGGGGAUGCAGCAGGCGCGCAUCAGUACGGCGGCAUCAGUGGACUCGGACAGCGCACGGAAAUCAAGAACCUGAGCAGUUUCAAGGCCGUGGAGGACGCCAUCAUCGCGGAGAAGAACCGACAGAUUGCCGUCCUCGAGAGCGGCGGGGUGGUGGCAGGCGAGACCCGAGGCUGGACGAUCGGAAGCACGGAGACGCGCAAACUACGAGGCAAGGAGGGGGAGGUUGACUAUCGCUACAUGCCCGAUCCUGAUCUGCCGCCCCUUUACAUCGGCGCGGACCUUGUCACGGAGCUCCGAAACACCCUCCCGACGUCCUCGGACGCGCUCAUCGAACUGCUGGCGGGGCCGGACUAUGGGCUGCCCCUCGAGGACGCGAAGCCGCUGGUCGAACUCGAGGACGGCGCUCGGCUGGAAUACUACCAGGAGGUGGUGGACCUCCUGCGGGCGCUGCAGCAGGACCAGGGCCCUAAGGCGCAGAAAGGGCUCGCGCGCGUGGCGGGGAACUGGGUUCUCCACGAGCUUGGGGGUCUGUUGACCAAAGCGGACCUGGCGUGGGAUGGCGAGCGGGUUCCUGCCCCAACCCUGGCCGCGCUGAUCGACCAGCUGCAGCGGCAACGCAUCACGGGCCCGACGGCGAAGCAGGUGCUGGCCAUGGUGUUUGAUGGGGAUGCGCGGCCGAUCCCCCAACUCCUGGAAGAGGAGAACCUGCUGCUGCGGCCGCUAUCGCGAGAGGAGUACGUGGCACUGGCUGAGGCCGCGAUCAACCUCAACCCGGCGAUGGUCGAGCAGAUCCGGCAGAAGAACCAACUGGGCAAGCUGGGGUGGUUUGUCGGACAGAUGAUGCGGAUGGGCGAGAAGGGUCGGGUGGAAGCCCCCAAGGCGGAUGCGAUCCUGCGGGAGUUGAUUCUGGAGGGACGGAGUUAAUGUAUUCUCUUCAUCCGACGUCUAGACUGUAGAUGUAGCUGUCAUGAUACCCAUUAGCCGGGGGGGGACCCGGCGUCAGCCCCGUGAAAUCCCGCGAGCGAUUUCCGCACGAGUAUGUCCGUGACUAUCACGGCGUAGCAUUCCGAGCGUAUCUGGGGCGAAUCAAUUGCUAAUGGAAACGGGCGGUGGAGUGAAAAGGGCAGCCGCGGCGGGCAUCUCUCCUGGACCUGUACUUAGGGGAAUGCCUGAUCCCUAAAAGCAGGUCUUAGCGAUCGCGAUGCCCCACGGCCGCCCGCCCUUUUAACCCGGCCUCC